AUGUUGACUACGACUGACACUAUUGUUAAGGUUGGGAAAUGCGCUAGCACUGGGGAGGACAUUUCAUUAUCUUACGAUACCUUUGGCAAUUCAAAAGACCCGUGUUUACUUCUUGUGGUGGGUCUCGCUGGUGUUGGGCGGGUUUGGCGUGAUGCUUUCUGUGAGAUGAUUGCGAAAAAAGGUUUCUACGUGGUGCGGUACGACAAUCGCGAUGUUGGGCUGUCAACUCAUUUGGACAAUCAACCCACUCCUAACGUCAUGCAGUGUUUACUUCCACAGUUUCUCUCAUUUUUGAGAAAAGUGCCGUAUACGCUGGAGGAUAUGGCAGCUGAUGGGAUGAAUCUUUUGACUGCUCUCGGUAUUGAAAGAGCGCAUGUGGUGGGUUCCAGUAUGGGUGGCAUGAUUGCACAAAUUAUGGCUAUCAAGUACCCGAGUCGUGUACGAAGCCUUGGCAUCAUAUACUCUCACACGGGCUCUAGUAAACGAGUUCCGGAAACAUUUUCCACAAAGUUGCUGUUUAUGAAAAAACCAAAAAGCUCGGCGCUGGAGGAUGUGGUUGAUUUCAAGUGUGCACUCGCCCGCCACUUCCGUGGCCCCGGGUAUAACGUAGAUGAGGAGGAAUUCAGGAAGUUAGCAAAAGAACAGCUUGAACGCGCAAAUGAUUACCCACAGGGAAUGUUGCGACAAUUGGCUGCUAUUUUGUCAGCUAAGAGCCGUGAGGAGUGUUUGAAAACCAUCACCAUCCCCACAUUGAUCAUUCAUGGUAUGCUAGACGAAGUUGUGCCGUACCAAAAUGGACUUCAGAUUGCUGAAGCUGUCGGCCCGGCAGCAAAACUUGUGAUUUACCCGCGUAUGGGACACGAGAUACCGGUUGAACUGAUGCCUUCAAUUUCGCAAGAAAUUGCCGAUAACUGUGGACGGGAACUGACUCUGGCUUAA